UUAAGAAUUGCAUUACGCAGUUGGCCCUUGGUUGUCGAUGAUCGCAGUGUACAUGAUUCGCGCUUUUGUGUACCUCAUUCUCCUUCAAGGGGAGACAUGGGGCCUCACUCUGCCCCAGAAGGAAAUGGUGGUGUACCCGACACUACUAGAAGGCCGGGACGCCGAUGGAAGAAAGAUGCUGAAAAUAACGGAUGACCUGACCCUUAACCUAGAGAGCAGCAGCGUCUUUUCUGAUAACUUUUUGCUGAUUACAACGAUGGAUGACGGUCAAACGGUGAAGGAAAACGUGAAUGCUGAGGAGUACGAAGAAAACCUCUAUCACGACAAUGACAACAUGGCUUCCUUGAUGGUAACGCAAGACAUGGGGGCUGUAAGAGUUGAUGGUAUAAUUGCUGAAACACUUCGCAUCAAGCCUCUUCUGGGUUCAGAAAGGUCUUCUGAAGGUCACAUCGCUCAUUUGGUGUCCAGGAUUGCAAUGAGGAAACCGUUUGCUCCGCGUAUGUCAGAAAGAAGUGGAGACAGCAACCAAGGGAACCACACCGGCACUGACAGACCUGAAGCUAACGACCAUCAGCAGUCUAAUGGGAGCGCAGUCGACUACGUCCAUGCUCCACCGACAACUGAUGAUCAGCCUGAAGAAAAUGGCAUCACGGAGGAUUACACUGAACCGCCACCAUCCGAAGGCGUGACUGUGGAUUCUGCUCUUGGUGUUCAGAGGUCGUCUGCUUCUGUCGUGGAGGAACGAGCCGAUGAAGUAAUGUACGUUGAGACACACAUAGUUGUUGAAAAGACUCACGCGAAGAAGUUCGAUUACAAACAAAACAAGAUUAUAAGUUACCUCGCCACGUUGACCAAUGCUGUAAACCUGAGAUACAGUUUAAUGAAGAAACCACGUGUAAAGGUCCUCAUCGUGGGAGUCACCAUACAAAAAGGGAAAGAGCCUUACCUGGCGAGGAAUUCAGACAAUCCAAAAGUCAUAGAGCCAAUGAAGACGGUAAUGGAACUCGAUACGUACAUGAGGAAAAAGGAGGAGUACGGGAGAGCAGACUUUAUAAUGCUGAUCACCUGCUUGGACAUUGGCAGCUACGAAGGUGACUCCACAUCUGGGUUCACGAUGUUCGCUACAGUGUGCGGGCAGUAUAAAACGGGAAGCUUUGAGGAUGAACCGGAUACCUACGACGCUACCUAUAUCUUCGCUCACGAACUGGCUCACGGACUUGGUGUGGUGCACGAUGGUGACGGCCCGGAUCGUGACGUGAAAAAUCACCCUGGUGCCUCCAAGUGUAGGUACGAUGCCGGCAACAUCAUGGGUGAAUACAGCUUCAAGCUUGCCCACUAUCGGUUUUCUGAUUGCUCAGUGAAACAAAUCCAGAACACCUACAGUUUAAAAGACAAAUACAAGUGCCUUCACGAGAAGAACAGAGAGAAGACAAUCAAGUCGUCUGACAAAUAUCCGGGUGACAUAAUAUCCCUCGACACGAUGUGCAAAAUUGAUUUGAAGCGCUUCAACCGUGAUUACGGCUAUGACCAGGAAAAGGGAGUGACUGAUUGCGAGAUCAACUGCAUAGCGAAAGAGCGGAGUGGGUACACCUACUAUGCACAGGCCAGAGCUCUCGAUGGUCAUAAGUGCGACAGCAAGGACAGCAAAAAGGCGUGCUUCAACGGAAAAUGUGUCGAUUCUACUAAGUACAAGAAACUGAUUCAGAAGAAAAAGAAUAAAUCAUAGAGCCUUGUGUAGAUCAUCAAAGUGACAUUAAAUACAUCUCUGUGUUGUGGA